ACAUAUUCCUUAAGAAAUAUUUUUUAAAUUUAACAAACUUUUGGAGCACGAUUUAAUUAACGAGUGAUCGCCGUCGCGGAUUAUUCGAGAAAUAAUUAAUUUUAAAUUGGAUUCGUCUGCCAACGUGAAAUACUAUAUUUAAAUACUGUCUAAAUCGGUUCAGCAACAAAAUAUAUAUUUUUUACUUAUUGGUGGAGUUGGCGAUCAACGAAAAUUAGAUGAUGGCUUCGAGGGACUCUUCGCCAAACGAUUUUGCUGUAGACCACAAUCCGAAGCGCAAGCCACAGUUGCAUCAAGGGCGCUCCUCUCGCGAAGUGGACGAGGAGCUCAUCAAGCUGCGCAAUGAGAACUUCAACCUGAAGCUGCGGCUUCACUUCAAAGAUCGGGUCGGCGAGGGCAGUGUGCGUGCCAGCGGCUCCAGCGAUGCCGUUUGCAGAGAGCUGGAAGACGCCAAAAUUGUGAUACAUGCGCUGCGCCUGGAGAUCGCCGAGAAGACGCAGCUACUAAAGGAUGCCGCUGUGGCAAUAUCCGAGCACGAGGAACGCGAAAAGGAGUUCGUCCUAGAGAGCCAAGCGAAAAUCGCUGAGCUCGAGGGCUACAUCACACACUUGCAGGAUGAAAAGCCACUGGAAGCCCUUUUUGCACAGGAUCUUAAGCGUAUGGAAGAAAAGCAGGUGGCUCGUCAAAUUGACGAUUUGCACAAGGCCAAAAAGCAAAUCGAGCACUUGAAGCAUGAGUUGUCGGAACGCGACAGAGAGAAGGCCUCUAGCGACGAUAAGCUCAUGGAGAUAACUAGGGAAAACUCUGAACUGGUGAGUCUACUCCAGGAGCAUUACAAGUUUGGCGUUAUAGCAAAUCAAAUGAUGGAGCUGCAGAAGAAGGAGCUGGAUGAGUGUUUGGCCGAGAAGCUGGGCUUUAUAAAUAGGCUGAACGAAAUUCUGCCCGAGCUGAGCUCCCAAAAUGAUUUGCUGAAGGAAGCGACGAUGACAGUGCAGGAACUCUUAACCCAACAGGAGACAACAGACCUCAAGGCGAACUUGUCGCGCGAAUUGCUGGAAAACUAUAAAGCUGCGAUCACUGAAUCGAAGAUUGAAAUCCACAACAUAACAGACGACAUUAUGAAGUGGACUUCGAAUUGUCGCAGCGGCAACCGAGCAGGGAGCGACUCAAACAGCGCCAAAAUAAAGUCGGACAUUUCGGAUAAUGAUCUAUCGAUGCAGUCGACAGAGUUCUCGGUCACAAUGGCCUUGCCGCAGCCGGAGGCUGCCAGUCUGCCGCCUGGCAAGGCGCAGGACGGCUCCGGCAAGCACUUGCGUGGGCACGGCAAAUCUAGCUUUACCGGACUUCGUCAAUUUGUUAAGUGUUGGGGACGCCAGUACUCGAAAUCCCCAGCAACUAAUGCAGCCAGCCGCUCGCUGCUCUCCCAUGCCAUCGGCUCGCCCUUCCCCCGCCUGUUGUCCACAACUAAUUAAAAUUGCCACAGCUGCGAGAGCUUUGAAGUUCAAUCGGCCGCGCUGCGUGCGGCAUGUAAUUCCCCAAACUGAUUUUCCCAUUUGCGCAAUGUGGCAAGCAAAUUUUUACUGAGUGCAGCCAAUUGGGAGCUCUGUGAUGAAAUUGCAGCGACCGGCAAUGGAAAUGGGAAGAAUAGCGCCAAAGCACAGUCAAUAAAAGGCCGAAUCCUCUGAGCGCGACAAUUGCAACGAAAGCCAAACACAGUGACAAAUCCCCCAACCGCCAAGCCCCCAUCCCGCCGUCCACAGCUGCAGGCUAGCAAGUGGAUUGGAUGUCUGAGUGCUCAUUCAGGGCUUCCACUUUAUUGCGGAGCGUGUGAAUUUAAAUGAACAAGCGCCGACUGAAUUGAGUUGCCCGUCAUCAAGAAGAAGGCGAAGCAGACGAAAGAAGACGAGGCACAAGCAGAACCUGCAAUUACGAUUACUUUGACAAUUUGGUGCGGGCGCCACUAAGUGCUAGGUGGAUGCAUUUGGGAGUGCUCCAAUUUGUUGUGUCAGCAGCUGUCCAAUGAGCUACAUUCGCUCAAUCUUCGCGCUGCUUAUCUUUUACGUGCCACACGCCGUGGCCGUGGCUGUGGCUGUGGCUGUGGCUGUGGCAGCGGCAACUAAGAACCUCAAAUUGACCAGCAGCCAGGUGGCAGCUGCGACCACGCACACUCCAUUAGCUGCAAGGAGCCAAGCCGAAAUUGUUUAAAAUGUCCAAAUACA